AUGUCAGAAAUAGGAGAUAUUGGAUACAUCAAAGAAUUAUACACAUAUAAUUUAAAGAUUAGAAAUUAUAUGUCGUCGUUGCUUCUCCGAACCACCGAAACCACCGAGUUGUCGUCGUGGAACCACCCUCGGUACCGAGUUUCGCCUGGUACAAGGGAGAACACAAACUUCUGGAACGAAGCAUGGCUGGGCACGUCACCAUUAUCCCUUCGAUUCCCAAACCUCUUCAAGCUUGAAAAGCGUAAAUCAUCACGUAUUUCUGAACGGAGAAACUCUUACGGUUUUGCUGCGGAUUGGAAAAGGACCCCUUCGGCCCCAGUUGAGAUUGCUAAACUUGAAGAACUUAAGGAGAUUAUUAACUCAUUUUCCUUCUCGAAUGCUAAGGACUCGUGGAAAUUCUCUUUGGCUAGAGAUGGUGUAUUUAGAGUGAAUAUCCUUAGGGAUCAAAUCGAUUCUGUUAUUACUGAUGUAUCGAUAAAAAGAAUGGAAUGGAAUAGUAUGGUUCCAAUCAAAGUGUUAGUCUUUAUCUGGAGAGCCUGUUUGGGACGAAUUCCGACUGCUGAUGCCUUAGCUCAUAGAGGAGUCAACACCAACUCAACUCUAUGCUCAAUGUGUUCGAGUCAAGAGGAAACCGCAGACCAUCUGUUAGUGUAUUGUAUGUUUGCCCACAACACCUAUAAAUGGAUAUCGAAAUGGUGUGGAAUAGAUCUUCAUCGCUUCUCUACUGUGGAGGAUGUUAUUAGUUUUGCAUCUCAAUGGGGAACCCUAUUUUCUCCUAAAUCUUCCAAUCGCUUUUCUCCAGCCAUGUCUACCGAAGGCAGCUCUCAUUCCUCUGUUAUUCAUACUCUCCCCCUCACCACUCCAUCUAUAACCCUGGUUCAAUUCCCAUCAUCCCUAAAACUGUUAUCCACAAAUUACAUGAGCUGGAAGACUCAGAUCGAAGCCCUUCUAUACGGCCUUGAUCUCUACAAAUUAUUGAUGGCACUCACCAUGUGCCUCAACCUACUGUCACUACCGAUGGCACUUCUACUCCUCACAAAGAUUACCCAGCCUGGUUCCGCCAAGAUCGCCUGCUGUUCGGUGCUAUAG